CAGCGCUGCUGCCAGCCACGUGGGUGGGGCUGCUGCAGCAGGAGCGGCUUUGCUGACAGGGACGGCGGGGGGGAAGCCGGAGGGUCUUUUCGUCCGCUCAGGAAGUGAUUUAUGGAGCUUGGGAGCCCAUAAAAGGCCAGUCCUAGUGCUUGCGGUCAAAGCUCCUAUCAGAAAUGACCAAAACGAAGAAGAAGGACUCCCCGUCCCCAACAGAUAACUCUACAACUAAACCAGAAAACCUUAAGAAUCAGCACAGAAAGAAGAAGAAGAAGAAGAAGUUAUUUUGGAAAAAGUUCAGCCAAGUAGAGAAGAGAGCAAGCAAAGAAGCCAAAGCAGUGGUAGACUUGCCUCCAAAAACUUCUCAGGAGGUUUCAUCAAAUUGGAAAGCCCUACAAAAGCUUCUGCAACAAAAGGCAUCCAACAACCAUUUGAAUUCUGCUGUUACUGCUCCUGAUACUUAUUCCAAGAAAAAAAACUCUGUCAAGGACGGAAAAACUGUACCACACGUAUCGGGACCAAAUGGAAUUGGGAAGAAGCUGACAUCAAAGGUUCAGGUUCGAAGUUUGAAUCCCGCAGGUGUCACAGGAUCGAAAAAGUCCACUCAAGUGAAGAAGAAUCCGCAACAAGUUCAAGAAGCUGGCAAAGAGCAGAGAAGCCUCCAAAUGGACAACGGAGAGAAGAAGCAAGGAGAUAUUAAACAUAAAAGAAGGAAACAGGAUGAAUCCGUGGAAACAACGCCAGUGGACAUCUGGUUUGAUGAUGUGGAUCCAGAUGAUAUCGAGGCAGCUUUGGGACCAGAAGCCGCAAAAGUAGCCCGAGAGAAUCUGGGCAUCCGAAACGAGAGAACUCAGCAGGUGCCUGAACCUGAACUGGUGAAAGAACAUGCUUUUGAAGGGCUAACCAAAGCAGUGGCCAUCGACUGCGAGAUGGUGGGGGUGGGGCCCACGGGCGAAGACAGCAUCCUGGCCCGCGUCUCGGUUGUGAAUUUAUUCGGCAAAUGUGUUUAUGACAAGUACGUCAAGCCUUCGGAAAACGUGACGGACUACAGAACCGCAGUUAGUGGGAUCCGGCCUGAGAACUUAAAAGCAGGGGAGGAUUUCAAAGCUGUCCAGAAAGAAGUCGCUGACAUCCUAAGGGGUAGGAUCUUAGUUGGACACGCACUUCACAACGACUUAAAGAUUCUACUUCUUGACCAUCCCAAAAAGAAAAUCCGAGACACACAAAGAUACAAACCUUUCAAAAAGCAGGUCCAGAGCCUCCGACCUUCCCUCAAACUGCUGUGCGAGAAACUUCUCAACGUAAAGGUGCAAACAUCAGAACACAGUUCGGUCCAAGAUGCUCAAGCGGCCAUGAGACUUUACACUUUGGUGAAAAAACAGUGGGAAGCGUCCCUGAAAGAAAUCCCCAAGGCCAAGAAAAUUUAACUCUUGCCAGACUAUUUUACGUCUGGCUGUGUUCGCUGUUUGAUCUGGCUGAUCGAACGUUUUGCCUGAUCGCUUCUGUAGCUGUUCCUUUGGCCCUAAAUUGGAUAUCGGAGAGAAAUUAAUUGGGGAGGGAAGGUUUUUUUUUUACUUCAUCAGAAGAUGAAGCUUCCCGUGCGGUCGGUCAUAGAUUUGGGAUACUGCUGAAUUGAUCUUCUUCUGACUUAAAUCUCCAGUCAGGGAUCAGCUGUUGGGUCUUCAGGGAGGAUCAAAACCGGGAAAAAAAUCCUUUGCACGUUGCUGGGCCAGACACCUCGAUCCCUAAAUCCAGUCCAGAAACGUUUGCAAAAUGGCAAUUGGGUUCCUCUUUUUGGACCACGCGUCGCCGUGCCUAUUGGAUUUCUCAUCUGCCUCUUGAAUUAUAUUUUACUUUUUCAAAAUAAGCGUUAAAAGAGCUACGCAAGGGCCUUGGGAGAUGGCGAGGCGCUGUUCUGCCCCAGCUACAGACCCCAAAGAACGCAGCACACACGAAGUCUGUACAAACCUUAGUUUACUAAAUUAAAUCAGUCCUUUUCAAACAAAGGCUGUUAAUUAACUUUCUUAACAGCCUACAAGAAUCCAAAGAAUAAAUAAUCGUAAUCUUACUAUGGUUGGCAGAAAGCCCAGAAGCAAUUUGCAGAGAACUAAGAUCCAGACGCGAAGGAGAGCGAACGAAGUUGUUCCCUGCAAAUUGCCUCAGUUGUCGUCCUUCUUUAAAUAGGCUAAGGGAGUGGCCAAUUAGCCCCAAGCCUUACUCUCGAGGAGACCUCCUCCUGAGGAGCCACUCCUGCCUUUUGGCAGCUCUGCGCGCCCGUGCAUCGAGAAGAGGCUCCUCCUCUUCUUCCUCUUCACUUAUGGGAGCUUCUGAAGGCCUCUGGCACCACAUCUUCUCCAGCCUCCUCAUUGUCCGACUCGAGUGCCAGCUGCACAGGCUACUGGCGCAACAUCACACCAGCCUCCUUGCUGUCGGAAUCAGCUACUAGCUGCACAGGCCGCUGAUGGGCCACAACAGGCGCUGCAGCGUUUGGGCGAUCUUAGAAAGAGAAGUGAACAUGUGAUCUUUAAAUGUGAAACCUUCUUCUGCGUCUAUGGAAAUGUCCUACGGGAAUUGAUACGGGUAUUCCUCGACUUUUCGGCCAUUAAUUGUAAAUUGUGAUAGUGGCAAAACAGGCCGAUGAUGUGAGC